AUGCGCGCAAAUGGAACUGGAAGCUCGAUAGACCAUCGGACUCGUAGGCCAGACUGCAUCGCAUGGCUAUUCUUGUCGCUAGGAGAUCUCGAUAAAAAUAUCGACGCCGAGUGGAGAGGCGAUUCCUCCGCCAACUUCGCCAUUACGUCGAUAGCUGGCCCAGCGCAACACCCGAAAAUUGCGGAGUCCAAUGUCGACGCUCACUUCUGCGCAAUUGCACGUAAAACGCAGCUCCACCCGCCUCCAUGCACCCCCUGGCGGUGCUUCCAGCCUCUCCUUCGGUACGGUCGAUUAGUAUUCGUGAAUUUGGUUUGCUGUCGACUGAUGUGCAACGUCGUUCUCGUUCUAGGCUGUGGUGGCCUUGGCACCGCAGAACCAGCAGAGGAAGCGCCCAGCAAGGAUGAACCCGCGUACCCACGGCCUACCAGUGGUCGGUAUGCUCCGUCGACGACCAGCUUCGGCAACAACAACAACAGCAGCAGCAGCAGCAAUGCGCCGGGCAGCUAUCCAAGCUACGCCUCGCAGCAGCCUGAUCCAGCCCCUUACAACAACUACGCUCCUCCCCAGCAAUCGUACCAGUACCAAGCGCCAUACAACCCCAACAGCCAGGGCGGCUACAACUACGGCAGCAACAACAACAGCUUCUCCAACCCAACCUACGCGCACAGUAACAAUGCGUUCCAAGGCGGCCGUCCUCCGUCCUCCACUCCAAGCUCUCGUUCAAGCACGCGCUCGAGUUCGAGUUCAAGCUCUUGGGGCUCUCAGCCGCCGCUCACGUCCUCCAAGAGAGACCAGAACUGGGAGAAGAAGCGCCGGCUUUGGCUAGCGCGCAAGACCAGCAGCAACGGGAGCAGCUACGGCGACCGUCCUGGAUCUUCCUCUUCAACGUGGAGUGGUGCCCCAACGGGGCCUGGGGCCGGAAUGCUGGACGACAGUAUCAACCCUCCGUCUCCGCUUUCCAAGUUCAUGCACCAGCAUGAACAGCAGCAACAGCAGCCGCCUCCAACUCCCGGCGUUGACUACCAGCGUCUAGGCACGGCCAGCAGCACGCGAAGCAGCAGCAGCAGCUACAUGCAACAGCCUCACCAGCAACAACAAUAUCCGCCAAUGCAGUUGCAGGUACCGGGGCCAGGUUACCCCGCGGGUGCGUCAUUCUCUCGUGCCGGACUCGCAACGGCAUCUUCGACUGCCUCGUCGACUGCUUCGAGCCGCAGACAGCCACCGGGAGGCCAAUGUCAGUGGUCACUGGGGUGA